ACCAAUCCCGGGUGGAGCAAAAUGGCGCGGGAGAACGAAAUGCAGGAGUUCACCCGUUGCUUCUUCCGAGGCUGUCCGGACCUCAGCACCCUCACGCACUCCAUCGUGCGGCGGAGGUUCUUGGCGCACGUGGGCCGCGACCACCUGGAACCCGAGGAGAAGCAGGCGCUGAAGCGGCUGGUGGAGGAGGAGCUGCUGAAGAUGCAGGUGGAUGAAGCCGGUACCAGGGAAGAGAAGAUAGACCUUACCAAGAAGGCGAAGAGGCCUCUCACCCCCUGCAGUGAUCCAGAGACGAAAAGGUUCCGCUUCAAUUCGGAGUCAGAUUCCAGCUCUGUUGCCUCCAGUCCAGAUUGCUGUGAACCCCCAGCAAAGAACGGGAUGGCAGCAGCAGAAGUCAGCCCGGCCAAGGAGGCGAGUCCAAGGCGAUUCUCAAAGAAAGCACUUGACAGCAGCGAUGAAGAACAACAGAGUGACUUGACUGCAAAGAUGGGAUUAGAGAAGGAAAGCAGGGAGGAGGAGGAGGGCGGCGAGGGUUCUGUUAGAACAAGUAAGGUCUGGAAGAAAGAGAGCAGUAAGGAAGAGGAGGAGGGAAAGGAGUACAAGGGCAGGACUAGGAAGAAACCCAUGUCAAAGAACAAGCAAGCAUCAGGCAAGGCCUCAACCAGUAGGAAGCAGGCCAGAGAAGAAAGUAAAGACAGUGAGAAAGAACCUGUCCAGAGAACAGCAAAGAAGGUGGAGGGAAAUAAAGGCACUAAAAGCCACCAGGAAAGUGAAAAAGAGAGUGAGAAUGAGGAAGAGUGGAUCUUAGCCAAGAAGAACGAGAACAGAGAGGAGGAGGAGGAUUGGAAACCCAGGGCCAGGAGCAAUGGAGGGAAAAGUUCAGCUUGUAAGCAGAAAAGCCGGGAAGGAAGGCUAAUGGGAGACCGGGGAGACAGUGGGGAAGAGAAGGAAAAAGAGGCAGCAGGCAGUGGGGACAGCAGUGAAGGAGAUGAAGAGCCCUUAGUGCAGAGGAAGAGCAAGGACAGGACCCAGUGUGAGAGUGGGAGAAGGCAGAGUGGAAGCAGCAAGGAUGGAGAAGAUACCUGCAAGGGGAAACUAACCACUAAAGGCAUUAGAGAGAUAGCCACACUGGGCAGUAUCAAUGGUGAGGAGAGUGACUUGGAGAGGGAGGUGAGUGACAGUGACACAGGAGAGAGCCCCAACGGGGAGAGGAAGAACCGCUCUUCCAAGAAGAGUUCCAAGAAAGGCAGGACACGAAGCUCCUCUUCCUCCUCAGAUGGAAGUCCAGAGCCCAAAGGCGGGAAGGCUGGCUCUGGUCGUCGUGGAGAGGACCACCCAGCUGUGAUGAGGCUAAAGCGCUACAUUCGGGCCUGUGGUGCCCAUCGAAACUACAAGAAACUGCUGGGCUCCUGUCGCUCACACAAGGAGCGCCUGAGUGUCCUCCGGGCAGAGCUAGAAGCCCUGGGCAUGAAGGGUAACCCUUCCUUAGAGAAGUGUCGGGCCCUGAAGGAGCAGCGGGAGGAGGCGGCUGAGGUGGCCUCCUUGGAUGUUGCCAACAUCAUCAGCAGUUCCGGUCGGCCACGAAGACGCACAGCCUGGAACCCCUUAGGAGAAGCAGCCUCUGGGGAGUUAUACUGCCGGACCCUGGACUCAGACGAAGAGAGGCCCCGUCCGGCACCCCCAGACUGGUCACACAUGCGCGGCAUCAUCAGCAGUGACGGCGAGAGUAACUGAGCUCUAGGCCUCCAGGAAGGACCUUUCCACUUUUACAAAGCAUAUAUAGCACUCCCUGCCCUGCAGAGCAGAAGCAGCCUUUUCCAGAGAAGGCUGCCGCCCCGAAGGACAUAAGGUGUUAGGAUGCGACUUCUGUUUCAUGUUCUCUGUUUCAGGUGUUUCCAGGGGUUUAUUUUUUAAGACUCAAUAAAGGUUUAUAAUUACCUCAUCAAAA